AUGACGGACAGCCCAUCAUGGAUCAGUCAGAGGAGGAGGAGACGGGCAGCAGCAGCUCAGAGUCUGGGUAAAACCGUUGAUCAGAACAGCCGCUCGGUCUCCAGUCCUGAAGUGGUCACCAUGAUGACUCGAUGUUCAGAGACGAUCAGGUGGGACUCGAGUCCUCCUCAGACGGUCACAGAGUUGGACUCGUGUUUGUUAACUCACCGGAUCUUUCUGCGAAGGUCAUGAACUCAGAAAGUCGUGAACUCUGUCGUGUGUCUUCAUCCUCGCCGUUAGUGUCACUUUGAAAACAUGUUUUCUCAGCUGUUUGUACAAAAUAAAUCUUGUAUUUCAUCGACGUUGAGCGUUUUCUGUCAAGGUUACCUUUAUGACGUCAUCAUGUUAUCAAUCCACUUUAUUGAUUUAUAAUCAAUGCUGUUUAAACGUUUGCUCUUUGAAAAAGGAAAACUUCCACCACUUCUCCCAAAAUAAUCGUCUUUUGACCUGCAGUGUGAGCGCCUGACACACACGACCCUCAUAGCACCAUCUAGUGUCCAAAGUGAGGAACAUAAUAAUAGUUAUUAUUGUUAUUAUUAUUAUUAUUAUUAUUAUUAUUAUUAUUGUCAUCUAGAUUUUAAAGAGUAUAUAUUUUUGCUCGGGUUUGAUGAAAUAAAUAAAUGUGUGGACUGUUUUCUGUCCUGGUUUGACUGUUUUCUGUCCUGGUCUCUGUUUCACACUCCAGUCCAGCUCUCGGCGGUAUUGCACCAUAAGGUGAUUUACCGACCGCCAUUAAACACCACAGAAGAAGAAAGACGUCCUAUCAGCAAACGUGUGCGGGUGAGUUAGUGUGACAGAAAAGGCCGCAGCCUUCCUCUCUCUCCUGUCCUCACUCACGUCCUCCGUGGACUCUUGAGUCCGGUAACAUGUCCGGGUUUCAGGAUGUCAACAUUUUAUCCAGACCUUGGCUCUUCGCGGUCUGCAGGGACCUGACAGGACGACCCAGGUCCGAGGAAGAGGAGGAGGAGGAAGAGGAGGAGGAGGAGGAGCUGCUCCGACAAAGAAAACAGCUGAGCAGGAGAACAACAACAACAACAACAACAGCUGUUAGCAGGCUGACCACAGCAGGUCGGUUUUCUGACUGUUUGUUUUAAAACUUGUUGUCUGUUGAUGUUUCAGAGCUGAACGUCCUUCCGCCGACUGUUAGCCUCUGUUAGCAUCAGUUAGCCUCUGUUAGCCUCAGUUAGCCUCAGUUAGCUAACAGCUUCACUGACCUCCAUGUGUGGAAGAAGAACUCUAAUAUUUAUAAAGUCUCUGUUCUUAGAGAGGGUCAUGGUCUUCAGACGGACCCUGGAUCUCUAUCUUCACCUGUUUCUGAAGACACCCCCCCCCCCCCAGUGUUCUAGGAGCCUCCUUCACUGCUGCCAUAGAAAGUCGUGUUUCUGUUGAUUUAACCACAAAUUUAACUCGUCUCUGUCUGGAGGUGUCGCUGAAUCCUCAGGUGUCAUUUGGUCGAUAAGAAGUUAAAGUGGAGGAUGUCGGUGGAGAGUUCUCUUCAGUUUAACUUCAUGAUGCUCACUGUCCCAUGUUUGGUUUCUAUAGAAACUCACAGCUUCCUGUCACGUGUUUUUCUGUAUUAUAGUCUUUCCUGCAGAUGUCCACCAGCUUUCCUGGGUUAAAGAAGAGCCUCCUGAGGACUGGAGCCCCAGCCUGGACCAGGGGGACACUGCGCCCCCACACAUAAACAUGGAAGAGGAGGACGAAAACUGGAGCGGUCAGGAGGGAGAGCAGCUUCAAGGACUCAGGGAGGCUGGUACCACCAAGCUCCCAUUCAAUGUGGUCAUCGUAAAGAGUGAAGAUGAGGAGGUACCUCCGCCCACCUCACCACUUUAUCAAGGACCAACUGAUCAUAUGGAAAGCGGCGCCGAAGAAGCGGACUGUGAAGGUUCAGAACCGGCCGUGAAUCCUGACACAGAGAGCGAUUUACAGCCAGAGAUUGAGGUGAGAAUUGAAGAGUCUUCUGAGCCUGAGACUGAUGACAGUGACGAGUGGAGGGAGGGCAGGGCGGAGCAGUCGGGAUCAAACGGAGUGGAAAAUAAUAAAGAUUGGACAGGAAUGACUGAGGAGCGGGAUCACAGCUGCCCGCAGUGUGGGAAAGCAUUCAAACAGAAGUAUCGCUUGACCAGACACAUGAUAAUUCACAGGGAGGAGAAACCCUUCAUCUGCCCCAACUGUGGUAAAACCUUUAAAAAGAAAGGAAACCUGGACCAGCACAUGAUAACCCACUCUGGAGAGAAACCCUUUACCUGCUCUGAGUGUGGGAAUAGAUUUAGCAGUAAUGGUCAUCUGACCAGACACAUGAUCAUUCAUACCAGAGACACGCCGUACAGCUGCUCUGAGUGUGGGAAAAGUUUCAAGUACAAAGACUGUAUGACCAGACAUAUGAUCAUUCACGAAGUAGAGAAACCGUUCAGCUGCUCUGAGUGCGGGAAACGGUUUAAUCACAAACAAGGUGUAACCAGACACAUGAUGAGUCACACGGGAGAGAAAGCUUUAAACUGCCCUGAAUGUGGGAAACAGUUCAAUCAGAAGUCCAGUCUGACCCGACACAUGAGAAUUCACACCGGAGAGAAACCCUUCAGCUGCCCCAAGUGUGGCAAAAGAUUUGGCAGAAAGUUCUGCCUGACGACUCACAUGGCGCUGCAUGAAGAAGAGAAACCCUUCGGCUGCUCCGAAUGUGGUGAAAGAUUCAACCACAAGUCUGGUCUGACCGCUCACAUGGAACAUCACGGAGGAGAGAAACUCUUCAGCUGCUCUAAGUGUGGAAAAAGAUUUAACUUUGAACAGAAUCUCUACAAACACAUGUUAGUUCACAGCAGAGUGAAACUCUUCAGCUGCUCCGACUGCGGUAAAAGUUUCAAGCAGAGGUUUUACCUGCGACUUCACAUGGCCAAACACUGUGGGGACAAAUCUUUCAGCUGCAGCCUUUGUGGACAAACGUUCCCUCGGCGAGCUCAGCUCAAAAGUCACAAAUGUGUUUGUGGUCGGACUUCAGGGACGCAUCAAACUGAGGAGAAAAGAGAGGCUGAAACAAAGAGUGAAGAAGGAGACCGGACAAGACCUGAACUAGACGGGAACGUGGAUCCACAGAGUUCAGAAAUGGAGAUCAAGACAGAACUCUCUUCUGGACCUGAGACUGAAGACAGUGAUGGUGGUUUGAAGGGUGUGGACAAACAUGAGUGUCGGCUGUAA